UUUUUUUUUUUUUUUUUCCGGUGGUGCUGUCAAUGUUAUCUUGUUUUUAAUUAGAUUUAGAUUCAUAGGAGGUUUUAAAGAAUACCAUGUAACUUUUGCUGAACACCAGUGGCCAUAAAAAUGGUCAAAAAUGGUAAAAUAUAGUGUCAAAGUAGUGCAAGAAAAGAAGAGUCUUCACGUAUUGUCCAUUAUAAAGCAAUUUCUAUCUCAAGUUUGGUAGCAUUAGCCACCACAAGCUAGUGGUCAUACCACCCCAAUUAAUGCAGUUUUGGCAAACUCCUUCAAGUUAAUGAAUUGAGCAGUGGUUCAUUGUAUUGUUUAUGAGUUCAAAAUUUCAUUUGUGAGAGGAAGACCGUGUUAUUACUUCUUUCAAAAGUUGUCUAGUCUUGCUUUAAAUCUGAGUUCAUUUCUCAACAAAUAACCUGAUGGGGCCGUGAGAACAUUACAUUUAAAAUACCUUUUUUAAACCCAGUUAAUUAUCUCUUCUAAAAUGACAGUAAAGAUAGAGAUUUUUAGACUGUGGGAUCCUCCAUUUAAAUAAAAAAAAAUACAUGAACAAAGAAGUGCACGUAUUCAGUUACUUUCCACCCCUGGUUUCAGCCCUGAUAUUGAUUUCCCUGUAACUCAUAGCCUACCACUGCCUCUGUGGUUGAAAACAUUCCCUACCUUAGGUAUAAUAAAGUAUCAUUCGUACCUCAACUGGCCCAUUGUCGUGUCUGUGCCGUGCUUGUGGGACAUACGGUGGGGUUUUCAACGUGCCCGUGUAUCAUUUCCCACCUGUUAGAGAAAGACGAAAGACAUAGGGACUGGCAGCGCUCCCCCACCCACCAGACAAGAAGAGAGUUCCGGGUUCUUUCCAGCCGAGAGCUGCUCGCCACCGCUGCCGCAGCUGCUUUACCGCCGUGUUCAUACGACAGGACCAUGUCUCUCUUACUGGAUAACCAGUUCGGAGAGUUGCCCCCCGACAAGUCCGUGGACACGGAGUUAUUCUUGGAGGCCGUUUCUCAUAUUCCUGCGUUUUUUGACUGCUUGGGAUCAAAAGUAUUUUCAGUCAUCAAAUCCGACAUUAAUGGCAAUAUAAUGAAAAUUAGAGGAGUCUAUGUUAAGGAUCCUGCAAAGUACGUCACUCUGAAGGACAUCCUGGAGGCAGAGCGGGACGCCCAUGGGGCAGAAUGGCCCAAAGUUGGAGCCACAUUAGCUCUGAUGUGGCUGAAAAGGGGUCUCCGUUUCAUACAGAUCCUGCUGCAGAGUUUGGCAGAUGGAGAAAGGGAUGAGAACAACCCCAACCUAAUUCGGGUCAAUGUCACCAAAGCCUAUGAACAGGCGCUGAAGAAAUACCACGGCUGGAUUGUGCAAAAGAUUUUCAAUGCAGCGUUACUUGCAGCUCCCUACAGAUCAAACUUCCUCAAAGCGCUGUCAAAGGGGGAGGAAGUGAAAGAGGAGGAAUGUCUGGCAAAUGUGCGUCAGUUCCUGGUUAAUUACACUACCACUGUAGAUGCCAUCUAUGAAAUGUACAAAAAUCUAAACGCAGAGCUGGACUACACUGUUUGAUGUCCCAGGACAUAACUGGACUGGAGGUGCAGGAGCGUCCUGCAUCACUAUCUCUCUCGUCUGUCAGCCCUCUUUGGUGUCAGACAAGUCCAGUUUUCAAAGGUGUUUUUUAAUAGGAUUCUUUUCAUUUUUCCUUUCAGUUUGGUAUUUAUUACUUUGAUUAUGCCUUACUAAAUAUUAAUAUUGUAUACUUGGUCUUAAAAUUAUGCAAAUGCCUUCAAUUUAAACAAUCAUUCUAGCAGAAGCUUAUGUUUUCUGUUCUUUUAUAUAGUUUCUAGUAACUGCAAGAUGGUGCAGCUCUGACUCUUAAGCAGCAUUAUGUUAUUGUGUGGGUUGCUGCUUUACUUAUGAUAUUACCUGGUGGCUUUCACCUGUUCCAUCAAGACAAGAAUACAAGACUGUGGACGCCGUUAUCAAGGGAAAACAUUUCUGUAAAUACUUCACAUUCAGAUGUUGUCUGCCUGGAGUUACCUCCGCUGUUAACCUCGGCCAACGGCCACAGUAAUAAUUUUGAAAUUUUAACGGUACAUUUCCAACUGUAUAUUAAUUGCUGGAAUCCACCGAGUGCCUUGGUGUGUUACUGAGCAAAUACACAAUGUUUCAAAGUAAACUGAUAAUUAAUAUAUUUUCCAGCAGUUCUGCUCCAGAGAGAGAAUAUUUUUUCUUCUGAGAGCUUUUGCCUGUGUCGAGGUUGUGGUGCGUCUGUUUAGUAGGGAGGCAUGGUGAGCUGUGCUUGUUUUGUUUGUAUUGCUCUGGGGCCCUUUUUGUUCCUAUUCAUGUCUCAAACUCGCCUAACUUCUUUUACACAACCAUUAUGUCAAAAAAUAGUUUUAAUUUCACCAGACAGCAUCUCAUGUGCACAUUUAUUAAUAUAAUAAUCAGAAGCACAUUUUCAGUAUGAAUUCUUAGAGAGUUUGUUUUCUAGAUAAUCAGCUAAGAUCAGAUUUUUUCUUAUCACAAGAUCUUAAUGUUUGACUAAAAAAAAAAUCAAACCACUGAAAUCACACUUGCAUGUUCAGUUCAUGAAUUUUACUCUAGGUGGCAAUAUUGACUUCCUUUUCUUUGUUUCUCUUUUAAUCACAUUUGUGGUGCAGCUACUGCAUGAAACAUUUGAAAAAUAUGUCAUAGAUAAAAAUCAAACUAUUAUGCAAUACAGAUAUAGUUCCAUUCUCAGCCAAAUGAGAUCUUAGAUAACACUUUAAAAACAGUUUUUAAUAAUUCUGCCAGAGCUGCUUUGUGAAAAGCUCGAUAGACCUCAAUUUGCCCUCAGCAAAAAUGUUUCCAAGGCUGACUGCUGACAAAAAUGUUAGUACACUUGAGUUGGAACACUUUUUUUUUUUUUUCAAACAGCAGUAAAUCUGAGAAAAUCCCUUCUCUUUUUCAUGUCUCCUAAUCCUCCAAAUCAACCGACCUCUUACUCUGCCCAGUCUUACUUAUCUGAAGUGUGUCCCAGAGGCCAGAGUGGCUCUGGUUCCUCUCCCAGAGGAGCCCAGCCUGAGCUAAUCGUCUCUGAGCGAGAGCAAGAGGAGCAUGUCUGUAAUCCUGUAGGUUUAUCAGGAGAGCGGCCUGGCCUGUCCUGACUGAUAGAUAGGAUGGAAAAGCUCCAAGCGAAGCCAGGACACAAUAGGCUAAAUACAGGAAAUCAUUUACAACAAAGCCUCAAUGACAAAGCCGCUGACCUUUAACUCUGAAAUAUUUAUCUGCAAUAAAGUCAUCAAUUGAA